AUGUACUACUUAGUCAUCGUCGACUCGUAUUCGAAGUGGCCUGAGAUGUUCCAAACGCGAUUGACAACAGCAGCUGCUACUAUCAGAUUCCUUCUGGAAACCUUUGCAAGAUUCGGUAUUCCGGAGACACUAAUCACCGACAAUGGAACGCAGUUCUGUAGCAGUGAGUUCAAGAAGAUGUGUGAGCAGCUAGGUAUCAUCCAUAUUCGUACCGCUCCAUAUCACCCUCAGUCGAAUGGACAAGCAGAAAGGUUUGUAGACACGCUGAAACGAUAUCUACGAAAAAUCGUAGAGGGGGAAGAAGUACCGUCUGCCGAAGCUCUUCAAACCUUUCUACAGGUGUACCGUUCUACACCCAGUGAAACGCUUGCUGGGAAGUCUCGUGCAGAAGAAAUGAUGGGCAGGUCAAUGCGAACAACUCUCGAUCUCCUAAAACCACCAGUGUUCAACAACAAGUGGAAAUGGAUUCCUGGAACUGUGAUCGAGGUCAUCGGAGGAGUCAAUUUCAACGUUCUCCUUGAUUACCAGACGGGUUGGAGGAAGCUGAUUCGCUCGCACGUGAACCAAUUAUGGCCUCGAUCCAGUGACGCAGUCAAGCCGUCAGCAGUACCCACUCCAUUGGAGAUCUUGGUGGGUGAUUUCGAACUCAAGCAACAGUCUUCGGGACAGCAAGCCGCUCCACCGGUUGGAACCGAACCAGUUCCUGUAGACCAUCACCAAGGGGACAGUUCUGACAACGACGAGUUCUUCGAGGCUGGCUCAACGGUAUCCAGUCCAGUCCAGCCUGCUACAGUCAAGACCCCGAGACCAGUCAGAGACCAGGUCGUCUUCCGCAGCGCUUGGAGGAUUACGUCGUUGGUUAGUCUUAAAGGGGGAGAUGCUACCACCCCUGUUCUCGCAACUUCGACUUCAACCCUGCAACGAGUCGUACUGACAUUCGCCGUUAUAUGA